UUUGCAAACCCACUUUUCACCACAGCCGUUGGAUGCGGUAAAUUGUUUGUCACUCCUUCGUUGUUUGAAUAGGUCCAUGACGGAUGGGCCCUUGCGUGUGUGGGAUCGGCGAGCAGAGGGUGCGAGGGCGCUCGUUCAUGUCGCCUUUCUCCCCCUGUUUCUUUGUGCGCGUGCUGGUGGGUGAAAACCUAGAUCGGCCCCGCGGUGAAAACCUCCUCACCAAUCCCCGCAUCCUCCCUCAUGCCCAAUCCGCUUCCCGGUGGCGGCGUGGAGUUGAGGCGGGAGCGGUCGGAGAUGGGCUCGCACGGGGCGGAUCUGUGGCGGCAGCAACUGGAGGCGAUGGGCGCGGGUGGACCCGCGUCGGCGACGACCGGAGGCGAUGGGCGAGGCCCGAGACGGACCGGCGCGGGGCGGCCGCCUUAAGUGAAGAACCGGUGGGAGGCAUCGGGAUCCGCGACGGCGGCGGCUCGCAUCUUGCGCCGAGCGACGAGGACGACGGCGGCUCGCAGCUUGCGCCGAGCGUCGAGGACGCCUGGACGCAGACACAGCGGUGGAUCGCGCGCCUGAGCAACCCGCCGUGGAGUCUUGACCGCAGAGGCGGCAGGCCCCACUGGUGGCUUCCUUUAAUCUCCCCUCAGUGCUUGGCGGUGAAGAGCACAAUGACGAGCUGCAGGAGCUCGACGUGCGUGCGCAGCUCGUCCACCUGCGGAGGCCAUGCGCCCGUCCCCAAAGCCCCUCCUCCUCGUCUCGUUCUCCACCAGGCAGGGCAGGACGGGCGGGAUCCGGGGCAGGGCCGGCCAAAUCGUGUGGCGGGUGGCGGAUUUCGAGCUAGCAACGACGACCUUGAGCGUGUGCACAGAUGCCAUGGCGAGCAAUGCUGUAAAACUCGAUUUCGAGCGGCUCCCCAAGGAGGAGAGAGGAAAAGCGCAAAUGCCUACGGGAGGAAGAGCAGCUCGGCUGACCGGGAACCAUUCAGUUCAUUGCAAUUGUGGUGCUGCACAGUGCCCAGGCAGGCUGUCAAAGACUGCCCCUUCUUUCUCUAUUUUAGCAACUGCAGUACCUGAUAGAUGCUACUAAUCAGGGAGUGGGUUGCAGCUCACUCAAAACAAUUCGGUGGAAUUUGAGAAGAUUUGUGCAGAGAGCCUCUUCAUGGUUUCAUGGUUGAGCUCUCAACAACUGUUACCUUCUUUGUGGCUUGCAUCUAUGUUCGUACUUCCGUUUGAUGGGGAAACUAUUUAUGGUGGCAUGGAAAUUCGUUAUGUUGGGGCUGGCUUGGCCAUGUCAGAGAGCAGCACGGCGGCGGCUCAAGCGUGGAAGGAGGAGGUGUGGUGGGUGUUGGAUCCGAUGACUUGCCAUGAACGCGCUUCAUCGUGCUGUCGCUGCAGUCAUUGUGGAAGCUGUACGACAUGAUGGUGGUGGAUCCUGCCAAACCAUGGGCCGUGAGGUUUCCAUGGUUAGAAACAUGAUCAAAAGCUCCAGAGGCAGCAGUAUAUUUGGUACUAUAUUAGUUUGAAGAUUAUGUUGGAUCCAUAAGAAAGAGGGAAGAUAUGGAGCCGUAACUCCAUAUUUCACAUCGAUGUGUGACAGGACUGGUAACUGAAAUUGAUUCACCAUUUUGUAUAUGACAAAAUCAGCUUGACAUUGCCACCGUCUCCUGAUCAGUCAGUCUGAUGUGGUUUUGGUGUUUUUUCUAGCAGAGAAAAGAACUCCCAUCUACUUGGUCAAUCGGUAACU